AUGGAAACCGACAAGUUGAAUGACAGGGAAAACAAAACCAACGGUGAUACUCAGCUUGCUGUGGUAGAAAUGGGAGAACUUAAUCACUGUUCGAGACCAUCGACGUCGGGAGAAAAUAAAAGAUCCGGGUAUUUAGUAACGCUGAUGCACUUUAUAAAAGGAAACAUUGGCUGUGGAAUGUUGGCUAUGGGAGAAGCCUUUAAAAUUGGAGGUUUAUACCUUACAUUGAUUAUUUUGUUGUACGUGUGGCUAAUUAGCGUCUACAAUAUGCAUGUUUUGACUACAUUGAGUAGGAAAGUGCAAAACCGUUUGCAAGCCAAACGUGCACCAUCAUUUGGCGAUACCGUCGAAAAUGCAUUCAAAAUGUCUGAUAAAUGGAUAUUUCGAAGUAUAUCAAAUAAUAUUAGAAAGAUUGUUUUUUAUAACAUACUUAUCACUCAACUUGGUUUAUGCAGUGUAUAUAUUCUUUUUAUCGGCACUUCAUUACAAAAGCUGUUACUUCAAUACUCAUAUGAAAUUAAUAUUCAAACUGUUCUAUUAUUUACAAUGCCUUUAAUAAUGGUAUGUGCAAGUUUGAGAAAAUUGCGAUUUAUAGCACCAUUAUCAACUUUGGCCAAUUUUGCAUUGAUUACUGGCGUUAUUACGAUAAUGUACUAUAGCUGUUCUGGACCAUCAUCUAAAGGUACUAGAUAUUCAUACUCUAAAUGGACUGAAUUACCAACGAUGUUCGGAAUAAUCAUGUUUAGUUUUGAAGGAAUUGGAUUGGUUUUACCUCUUUUCGCGGAGAUAGACGAUGGUAAAAAGUUUACAUCGAGUUUUGGAGUCUUGAAUUUUGGUAUGGUAGCCGUAAUGAUGUUAAACGUGCCUUUGGGUAUGACUGGCUAUUCGAAAUGGGGAGAUGACGUGCAAAGCAGCCUGACAUUGAAUUUGCCAUAUGAUCACGAAUUAACACAAUUCGUAAUACUCAUGAUGAUAUUGGGUAUAGCUUGUUCGUAUGCGCUUCAAUUUUACCCAGCAGCCGUAAUUGUCUAUAGUGACCUUGAAAAAAUCUACGGACCUUUUAACCAUCCCGCAGUAUGGGAUUAUAGCAUCCGGAUAUGCAUAUGCCUUGUAACUUACCUGGCUGCCAGUACAGUCCCGCAUUUGGACCUGUUCAUGUCGUUAGUGGGUUCAGUAACUUGCGUUGCGCUUACCAUGAUUUUCCCUGCACUAUCCAAUUUGGCGUUCCGGACGAAAGACAAAUGUUCAUUUUUCGGUACAUUUUUUGACAUGGUGACCAUACUUACGGCAGUGAUUGGUUCAGUCACCGGAAUUUACGCCAAUACAACGGCCAUUUAUGAGGCGUUCUCGCAAAACCACAGCAAUGGCUAA